AGAAAACGCUUACGAAGUGCCGCACAAAAAAAACGGAGAGAAAAAAACCGGUUUUUAAACGUUGCGUUGCGUUAUUUUUGUGCGGUACGUAAACAGAACCUCACUCUCUUCUGUUUGACAUUUCAUGUAGAACGUUUCAGCUGUUUACAACUAAACUGAACUAAACUAAAAUAUUAUUUAUUUUUUUCCAACGAAGAAUAUAUUUAUUUCUUCAAAGAAAUGUCGGAAAGUGACGUGAUCAAUCAUCCCGUUCAAGCCUAUUUUGAAUAUUAUGCGGAUUCGAAAACAAGCAUUUGCAAAGUGUGUAAGAAAUCGUACAAAAAUCGGCAUUCAGGAAAUCUAUUGAAUCAUUUGAAAAGGAAACAUCAUGUUUUGUAUUCUGUGAUUUUACCAAAAUGCAUUAAAUAUACAAAACCCAAAGAAGUAAAAAAGGCAACAAUAAACGUAACAUUUAAUGUCGAGGAUUUAAGGAAGGCUUUUGUAGCUUGGGUGACAGUCGAUGCUCGUCCGUACAGUUUGUUCAGUGAUGUUGGAGCAAAGAGCGUAUUAGAUCCAAUUUUCGAUGCUUGUGAUAAAGCGGGACUCAAUUUACGUGUCAAUAAUCAAAAUGUGAAGGAUUUAUGUAUGGAAUAUCAACAACGAAUCGAACACGAGAUCAUUGAACAGACCCGGGACAAAUUCAUUUCGGUGAUAAUGGACAUUGUGGAUAUUCAAAAUAGAUCGUAUCUCGGCAUAAGUAUUCGAUAUGAAUAUUGUGGCAAACCAGUUACCCGAUUCAUCGCUGUAAAGCGAUUAUUGGCAAAUCACACCGGCUCUUUGGCUGCAAAACUGUUGAAGGAGGCUCUUGAUAAGCUUCACAUCUCGAUGGAUGAUAUAAUUUCAAUCACUACCGACAACGGAGCGAACCUGUUACGGGCUAUCAAAAUUUGGCAACUUUUUCAGUCACACUUGUUAGAUGACUUUCUGGAUAUUGACUUGCCAUUCACUGCACAACAAGAAGCCUACGAUUUAUUCAUCGACAAAGAGCUGAAAAAGCAUUCAAACACGAUCAAAAAUGAUGAAUCUGAAAAAUAUUGCCUUGGAGUUCGUUGUGCGGCUCAUACACUGAAUCUGGUAUUUGAUACUGCACUGAAGGCAUCUCCAAGUGAUGAAAGUGCCAUUGAAUUUGGUCGUGACUUAAUCAAAAAAUUGCGAACGGGAAAUAUCGAAAACUUGAUUCAACUCAGAGAGUUGCCAAAACCGCAAAUUGAU